AAAAGAUAACCACAUAGUAAGGAGAUUGUUAGACACAGUUUUACAUCUGUCGCACCUGUACACAUGGCGUAGGUGUGUACAACUAUCGCAUUGAAAAUUAUAUGCAUUGUUUAUUAGCAACUGGAUAACAAAAAGCAUUUUUAGAUUAUUUUUGUUUUACACUAACGUGGUAUAUACUAAUGUACACACACAUAUACACUCGUACACUCUAGUCUUUAAACCGGUGAUCAAUCUGCAGUUAUGAACAGUUUUCUUGUCAAUGAAAACAAAAGAGAAACAAUACAAUUUUUAUUAUUACCAGUGUACAAAUGAAUAGUUGUCACCAUUAGUAUUAAAAUAAAUAAAUGUGAAAAAUUAGUACUACUUGUCAAAUUGUUUUAUUAUUAUUAUUAUCAUCAUCACCAUCAGUAUCAUCCUUGUGCAAAUCAUGAUCUUCAAUGUGAUAGUGUUCUGUCUCCUUUGCAGUAUUUAAUAUCUUUGUUCAAGUGUUCAAUAACUCAUAGAUAUUUGAGCGGGAAAUUCAAAAUAAACAAAACAUUGAGAAUUUAAUAUAUUUAUACUCUUAUAAUACAUAAUUUAUAAAUUUGAUUAUUAGUUGAUAUAUAAGAUUUUAAAAUAUUUUCAAAUACGAAAAUGAAAGUCGAAUUCUCGCUACCGUCAACACUUCAGUAUGGUGAUUGUAUAGAAGUUAAUGGAAAAGCAGGAAAAGAAAAAUUUUCCAUGGAUUUGAUAUCUGAUUACCUAGCGAUUGAUCCGGCUAUGCUAAUUGACCAAAGUCAAACAGACGAUUCAGAACUACCGAUUGUUGAGACUCAGCCAUUACAAAUAUUGAUAGAAACCACAGGCAGUUGGGAUAUCAACGCAAAUUCACCAGAGACAAGCACAACAUCACAUGGCAGUUCAGCAAAACGAUUCGGUUUUCGGCCUGAAGAAGAUUUUGUCUGCAGAGUUGUUAUUAAAACAGAAUAUUAUGUUGUCUACUUAAACGAUAUGAUGCUGUCAAACUCUGAACACUUAGUUCCUGUUGGCUCGAUAAAUGGUUUCACCAUUGACGGAGAUUCAAUCAUUACAACUGUACUCUUUGGUGAUUUGACCGCUAUUGAAAGAUACAAUUCAAAGCAUAAUGUAAAAGCAAUUCAGUUAAACUAUCCAAAAAUUAUCGAAUGUCGUCUAACAUCUGAUGAAUUAUUAUCUACUGUGUCACGCGAUGACAAUGGUGAAUAUUUCAAUCCUAAUGAUGAAGAUCACGUUAUUAAUGGCUUUGACAAUGAUGAUGUUGACAAGAAUAUCAAUGCUGACAGCAAUGAUGUAAGCAGUGAUAAUCGACACGAUAAUAUGUGCAGUAGGAAAACUACAUCACCAAACGUUAACAUCAAGUGUGAACAGAACAAUCAAGAGAAAUUUAUAGAGAAUUCACAGGUAACAGAGACUGGGGAAUUAGGUGACAAGUCAAAUAUGCUACAGGAAAAACAAACACUAACGAAUAAUAAUAAUAAUAACAGUAAUAAUAAUCUUUAUGUUUCAAACCAACUAACUAGAGCUUCUUCAUAUCAACUAGUGUUUGAUUCAGACAGUGAGUUAGAUGAAAGAGAAGAAGAAUUACGUGUUAAUGAAAGAGACGAAGGAGACAAAGAGAUACACUCAAAUAGAGCUAUCAAUUUAUCACUAUUCAAUCAAACAAGAGCUAAAAGUAUCCAGAAUCUUUUUCACCACCAGUGUGACAAUUUUCAAAGUAUGCGUAAAAUUAUUCAACAACAACCAAUUGUCAUUGAUGGGAGUUAUAACAAUGACACAUUUAAUCAACUAACUGAUUUAAAUCAAGGUUCAAGUGUUCCAAUGUUAAAUAAACCUUCGGACUAUAAAGAUUCUAUCGAAGUGAAUAGUUUAGUUCAGCUCUCCAGAAAUUUUUCGUCAUCACAGCAACUGGAAUUAGUCAAAGAAGAAUAUGAGGUGGAUGAUAGCACUGAAGAAAAUCCCAUCGAAAUAGCAAAAGAUCAUAAUGAUAGGAGAGAAGACGAAAAGGUUGAAGGGAGAGUACAAAACUCUGAGGUGAAUACUACAAAAGUCACCUUGUCUAAUUUUGUUCAGUCAAUAUCUGAAUUAACGCAGGAUAAAUCAGAAAUAAACGACAUUAUGCUGUUAAAUGGUGAUAAUAUGAAUUCAGAAUGUAAAAAGUCAGAUGUAAAUAUGAAUUCUUUAAAUAAUUUAAAACCGGAAGAAUGCACUCUUCCAGUAUCAGUUGAACCACAGACCUCAGUGAUUUCUGAAUCAAAAAUACCUGUAUUUUGUAAAGGUUUGAGCAGUACAUUUAAUGAUGAUGUAAUGGAAUAUGCCUCGAAACCUCUUAAAUCAGCUUCCAGAGGUAAAUUUCAGCCUCGCGAAACUCACUCUUAUCCAGAUCACUGUUUACUUCCACCUACAUAUUCAAUGGUAUCAAAUAGGCAAGAACUAAUCCGUUCUAGAAUUCCAAAAGCUUCACGUUCUUUAUCUUACAGUGAUGUAGAUCAACAAAGUAGUCAACUAAUGAACGGCCAGAUGAAUCAACUUCCUUUAUCCAAUUCACUGUCUACAAAACCUGUAAGUACACCUACCACUCCUCGAAAAUACCUGUCAAAUAGAAAUUCUAUCACUUCAGUAUCAAAAUCACAAACUAGAAACAGUUCAGCUGAGAAAAGUAUGAGUAAAAAUCGAAUGAAUCAAAAUCUUUUAAAAUUGAAUCAAUCUUCAAAAGACAGAAAAUCUCACAACAUAUUACCUGGUCAUACUAGACCACUUAAUGGUGGCAAAUGUGAUGGUGAAUUCUUCAAUGAAUCUUUAAAACAGUCUCUGACAAAGACUGAACCAUCAUCACCGUCAUCAUUUUCUUCUUCUUCUUCUUCAGCGUCAUUGUCAUCAUCAGUGACUUCAGUACAUUCUCCUACGAAAUCAAUAUUCAGCUCUAAUGGAUUUAAGAACAGAAAUAUGAGAACCCAUGGAGAGAAACUGAACUUGCUUACUAAUCAGCGCAAUCAACAAGUUAGCUUAGUUAACGGUAACACUACUGCAUUAAAGUUAACAAUAAACCCUAAACUGAAAAGUAAACUGUCUGAAACACUAGAAAACUCGACAUCAAACGAUGAUAUAACAAAGGAGGAGAUUCUAAAUACACUUAGUCAAUCGACAAUAAAUCAACAGUGCACUCUGAUUAACCAGUUACACAUAACAUCAACAACUAAAUUAAAACCAAGGGAUCAAACAAUGUUUUUUAAUGGAUUACCAGACAACUAUGGCACUCUUUACUCUCAUGAUGCAGGAGUGAUAAAUUCUGCACAGCCAUUGUGUGAAAAUAAACACAUUUUGAAUAAUGUAAAUAACAUUAUAAGCAGUAACAAUAAUAGCAAUAAGAUUAGUAUAUUAAAGAAUGCUGCAAAACAGGAAAAUGAACUGACCAUUGAACAUUCAAUGUUCAAUGAUCGAUCCAGUAAUCAUACCGAUCGAAAUAAUUCUGUAAAAAAGCAUAUGAAUGGUAAGACGCUCAUGAAAUCUCCAACAGAAUUAAAUGAAAGUAAACGAGAUACAAUAAAUUAUUCCAAAUCUGCACAAAAUGGCUAUACGGACAGUAACACUAAUAAAAACAACACCAAUAAUAAUAUUGAUAUUCAAGGUGAAAUGAAGUUGAACUUGAAAGAGAAUGAUUAUUUGAAUUCUUCACGGGAUACUACUGCACUUCUUACACCUCCAUUAUCACCAAAUUCACAGUCAAUGACAUGCUUACCGAUAAGUAGUCCAACAAGCCCAGUCACCAACUCUAUGACAUCUAUAAUGACCGACUCAGUAACCAAUGGUUUACAUUCUGAAAAAUUGAAAAGUUCUAAGACAUUUAUACAGUCGCCCAGAAAAUGGCUUACGCGUAAGUUGUCUCUGUUAAAAAAGCAUUGAAGUACAAUAUCACAGUAUUUUAAACAAAUCUAUGUUGUCAUUUUAUCUCAAUGUCAUCAUACAUCUAGAUAAUAAUGAAUGCAAACAGAUUCACGUAAUACAACAGUGUAUCUCGUUACACUUUAUACACAUGUCAGUCACUUACUUACAAGUGUGGACUACAGGUUAAAUGCGAUGUGUAUACAAUUCUUGACAGUUAGUCUUUCAUUACAUCAUUAUUUCCUCAUCUGAGGCUUUUUGCCUUAAUAUGCAUGCGCUUCAUGCAGGCAUACUGUCCAUAAAUCUUCAUGAAACACCAUAAUGUAUACACAAAAUAUGACAUGACGUUGCAAAUCCCGGGAAACAUUUACGCUUUCGACAUUUAUUAUGCAUGCCGGUACCUUUCAUUCUUUUUUAUAACUCUACAGCAAUAAAGUCAUAAUUUCUGGUAAAUCUGUAUGCUACAUUAGAUUUGGGUGGAAGUAGGCUAUCCGUUAUCUUUAGAUACAUAACAAGCAAUGACUUUUUUAAUUAAUAGAUUCGUGAUGAAAAUUUUGAAUAUUUCUACGAUAUACUACUGAGCAGUAAUUUGUGUGUUAUCUUUCCUUGUGGAAUACGUAUCCAUAGUGUUGAUGAGUUUUUUUGCAUUCUGCAGCUGAAAUGUACUGUAGAAUUAUGUAAACAGACUAUAACUACUGACAGAAACCACUACUACCAGUCUCAGUGUUCCUGUAAACAGAAAUAUUUCACAUAAAUCUAUUCUUUAGAACAUGAUGGGCAAAGAUGCACCUUUUUAAACAAUGCGUCGCAUAAAAUCCUCAAAAUACAUAAGUAAAUAGUAUUUUUAAGCUCUACUCUAGUAAUAACUACUUAUACAUACACCAAUCUUUUGAUGGUGGUCAACAUCAGAUGGUCUACUCUUUGGUCUUAAUCGAAUUCUGUUGUUAACUUUUGGAACGUAG